AUGACUUCCGAGGAUUUAGACGUAGACAGAUAUUUGUCUCGGAUCGGGCUUGUGGGCCCAGUUGAGCCCAGCCUGGAGGCGUUAGGCUCGGUUCACACCUGUCACCUGCUGUCGGUGCCGUUUGAGAACCUGACGGUGCACAGCGGGGGUAGAGUCAGCCUCGAUAUCCGCCGUCUAUACGAAAAGAUCAUAAACAGGCGUAGAGGAGGCUUCUGCUUUGAAAACAAUGGCCUCUUCUCCUGGCUGCUGGUCAAACUGGGUUUUCAGGUGACUCUGCUCUCCGGCCAGGUGAAAAACUACAUAACCGGUCGCUACGGGCCACCUUUUGAUCAUCUCAUCCUGAUGGUGAACCUUGAGGGCCGGCGCUGGCUCUGCGACGUUGGAUUUGGUGCCCCGGGCUUCAGUGUCCCCCUCUCACUGGAGACCAGUGGCCUCCAGCAGCAGGGCCACAGAGUGUACCGUAUCAGAAAGGACAUUAACAUGCAUUUUCUGGAGUGGCAACAGGAGGAGAACAAAGGUGCAGAUGGAGAUUGGAGAGAGAUCUACAAGUUUACCCUUGAACCUAGGUGUCGUGAGGACUUUACUGAGAUGUGCCAGUACCACCAAAGCUCCCCCAGCUCCUUCUUCUUCUGCAAAUCCAUAAGCAACAUUCUGAAACCAGGAGGAAGGCUCAGCUACAUUGGACACAGACUGAUCACCACCACGUUUCCAAUAGGAACAGAGAUGGCAACAACCACGACCAGGGAGCUUAAAGAGGAUGAAAUUCCUGGUGUUCUUGCGGAGGAGUUUGGAAUUGUGCUAGACUCUCCACUCAUACCAAAAGAUGAGACAAUCACACCACCUCCAGUCAUGUAUUGAUCAUGCUUCCACGGUCAGUAUGUGGAAGCAAGUGUUAAAAAUGCAUUAAUCUUCUCACUAAGAUAACUGCAAAAAGUCUUUUGAUUCUUAAAUGUAAUGCAAAAGUUAUUUAAAUUGAUUUUUUUGACACUAAGGUGAAUAAAAAGACCAGACCAGACCCAAAUCUACCUGUUAAACAUCAACCAGCUGUACAUUUCUCGUCUUGACACAUGCGACAAAA